AUGACUGCAUCUCCUCCGCCUCUCCUCAGCAGCAGCAGCAGCAGCAGCAGCAGCAGCAGCAGCAGCAGCAACAGCAGCAGCAGCAGCAGCAGCACAGGCCAUGCAUUGGCGGCGCUCAAAGACAGCGAGGAUCGAAUGGGGAGCGAGGAGAGAGAAGACGAAUUGGUGUCUCGUGUUGCUGCUUCUGCUGCUGCUGCUGCAGCAGCAGCAGCAGCAGCAGCAGCAAAGGAAGCAGCAGAAGCAGCAGCAGCAGAUGCUGCAGCAGCAGCUGUUACAGAAGCGAAGCAGCAGCUGCAGCAGCAGCUGCAGCAGCAACUGCAGCAGCAGUUUGCUGCCAUGAUGAAGGAGACAAUGGGAGAGGUUGCAGCAACAGCAGCAGCAGCAGCAGCAGAAGCAGCAACUGCAGCAGCAACAACAGCAGCAGCAGCAGCAGCAGAAAAAGUUGCUGCCUCUGUACACGAUGCCCGCAACAAACUCCGAGACAUAUCAUGGGAGGGCGGCAGCAACAGCAGCUGUUUUUGUUUAGGGGGCCCCUUGCGGUGUCUAUCGACAGCAGCAUCUGCUGCCGAUAUAAUGAGCAGCAGCAGCAGCAACAGCAGCAGCAGCAACAGCAGCAGCAACAGCAGCAGCAGCAGGUGUGGCUCAGCUUCUGAAGUGUCUGCACAGCCUAGGCGUUGCUGCAGCUGCGGUGCAGCAGCACCAGCAGCAGCAGCAGCAACACCAGCAGCAGCAACAGCAGCAGCAGCAGAUGAAGGCAGCAGCAGCGACGCAGAGUAUUCAACAGCAGCAACAGCAGCAACAGCAGCAGCAAUAGCAGCAUCAGCAGCAGGAGCAAAUGAUGAAGAUACUGCAACAUCAGCAGCUGCUGCUGCUGCUGCUGCUGCUGCUGCUGCUGCUGCUGCUGAUAUACCUAUUGAUAUUUCUGAGUGUCUCAUCAGCAGCAGAGAUAUAUCGUCAGACUUUCUUUAUAUUUAUUCUUCUUUACACGACAUAAAAAAAGAAACAGCAGCAACAAAACAAAUGCUUUGCUGCCUCUCCCGCAGCAUAGCAGCAGCAACACAGCAGCAGCAGCAACAGCAGCUGCAGCAGCAGCAGCAACAGCAGCAGCAGCAGCAGCUGCAGCCACAAAUAUUCAAAGAAGAAGACGCAGAAAGCUUCCGCAUAUUUACACCUGUUGAGCUCAGCAGACAGUCGAGUGCUGCGUCGCUGCAGCAGGAAGAAGAAAACAGCAGCAGCAACAGCAGCAGCAGCAGCAGCUGCAGCCACAAAUAUUCAAAGAAGAAGACGCAGAAAGCUUCCCAGGAAGAAGAAAACAGCAGCAGCAGCAGCAGCAGCAACAGCAGCAGCAGCAGCAGCAGCGGCAACAGCAGCGGCAGCAGCUUGUUCUUCCCUGCAACAAGGGAAGAAAUAGCUGAAGGGCAUGCAGCAGCAGCAGCAGCAGCAGCAGGAGCUGCAGCAGCAGAAGCAGGAGCUGAAGCAGGAGCAGCAGCAGGUGCUGCAGCAGGAGGAGCAGCAGGAACAGCAGCAGGAGCAGCAGCAGGUGCUGCAGCAGGUGCAGCAGCAGCAUGUGAAGCAUCAGCAGUAGCAGCAUCAGAAGCAGCAGCAGCAGCAGCAGAAGCAGCAGAAGUUGGAGCUGCAGCAGGAGCAGAAGCAGGAGCUGAAGCAGGUGCAGCAGCAGGAGCAGCAGCAGGAGCAGCAGCAGGAGCAGCAGCAGGAGCAGAAGCAGGGGCAUCAGCAGGUGCAGCAGCAGCAGCAACAGCAGCAGCAACAGCAGCAAAGGCAAUAGACUCUCCCCGCUGCACCAUCGAUAGAAGCAGCAUCUGUGUAGAUGAUAGCCGGAAGAAAUUCAACAGACGCAGCAGCAGCAGCAGCAGCAGCAGCAGCAGCAGCAGCAGCAGCAGCAGCAGCUUUUUUCCUAGGGUACAGACACCAGAAGGAGAGAUAGAAUGGGUUGAUUAUAUAAGCACCAAUAAGGGGCUCAGCACAGAGAACCGCAACGUAAGGCAGACACAAACAAAGCAACAACAACCAGCAGCAGCAGCAGCAGCAGCAGCAGCAGCAGCAGCAGCAGCAGCAGCAACUGUAACAGCAGCAUUAGGAGCAGCAGCAGUAGCAGCGAUAGCCCUAGUUGCAGCAGUAGAAGCAGCAGCAACAGUAGCGGCUGCAGCAGCAGCAGCACUAGCAGCAGCAGCAGUAACAGCAGACGUAACAGCACCAGCAGCAGAGGUAGAAACAGCAGCAGAAAUAGCAGCAGCAGCAGCAGCAGCAGCAGCAGCACCAGCAGCAGCAGCAGUUCACUAG